AUGCCAAUUGAGAAUGAACAAUUCUCAAAUGCUACAUUUCUUUUGUCACAAAAAAGUAAAGUUGAAGAGAUUAAUAUUAGCAAACUAAGAUCAUUAAAUAAUCCAAUUGCUAGAAUUUGUGCUAUUAAUAGUGGUAGUACUGAUGCAUCCAAAGCUGAUUCAGAUAUUGCAAAAGGACUUGAAUUCCAAAUUUUGUUAGCUAAGGGUGCUCAUGUUAUGUUUAGGACAAACUUGUGUGUGAAAGUAGGAUUAGUAAACGGUGUGAUAAAGGUGGUAUAUGAUAUACUUUUCGAAAAAGAUCAGGGCCCACCUUCACUUUCUGUUACAGUUUUCAUAGAAUUUGUUAAUUAUA